AUGGCGACCCUGCUCUCCGCCCCAACGCUGAGUGCGUCCCAGUUCGCCGAGUUCAUCGAGCCCGCUCCGUUGUACCAGUGCCCGCGCAGUGCGACACCUACCAUGUCGCGCCCGCGUCUGACCCGGGAUUCGAGCUGCAGCCUGUACCCUUCGCCUUCCUUUGGCACGGAGCUGUACCGCGCCCCUACCCGCGACUGCCGCGACAGGCGACGAGACAGCACCCCGCCAUCACCCUCUGCCAAGCGAUGGAGCAUUUCGCUCGUGCGUCCCCGCCUCCGCCGCUCCGAGAGUGACGAGCCGCCGCGCCGCUCCUCCCGCUCCAAGUCGCCGAAGCGUGCCAAAUCGACCAAGUCGGCCCGCUCAAGCGAGACUCGCCCCGACUCGACCGAGCACCGGUACUCUGUCUUCAGCGCCUUCGCCGAGUUCAUCGAGCCCGCUCCGUUGUACCAGUGCCCGCGCAGUGCGACACCUACCAUGUCGCGCCCGCGUCUGACCCGGGAUUCGAGCUGCAGCCUGUACCCUUCGCCUUCCUUUGGCACGGAGCUGUACCGCGCCCCUACCCGCGACUGCCGCGACAGGCGACGAGACAGCACCCCGCCAUCACCCUCUGCCAAGCGAUGGAGCAUUUCGCUCGUGCGUCCCCGCCUCCGCCGCUCCGAGAGUGACGAGCCGCCGCGCCGCUCCUCCCGCUCCAAGUCGCCGAAGCGUGCCAAAUCGACCAAGUCGGCCCGCUCAAGCGAGACUCGCCCCGACUCGACCGAGCACCGGUACUCUGUCUUCAGCGCCUUUGGCGGCUUCGGUGCCCCAUUGAAGAAGGUGGAAAACCACACUGCUCUCGUCGAAGCGCGCCUCGAUGCUCCGUCCCCACAACCCCUUCCCUGCCUCGAGGCGUGCACUGGACCGCCCUCGCCCGCCGUCGAGACGUUCUCUAGCACGGCGACGACGCUCUUUGACGAGCCCGAGCGCGAUCCCUUCUUCGACGACGAUGGCAUCAUCUGGGUCGUUCCCCGCAGCCGUCGCGGAUCCCGCGCGUCGAGCUACUCCCCCGCCAAGCCCAAGUGCGUCAUGCAGCACUCCACCCCGGAGCCGCAGUCCAUGGCCGAUCUCAAGCGCGACUCGUACGGUUUGCACGACGUCCUCAACGUCCACGAGGUCCAGCCAGUGCCGAGCAAGAACCGCGUCCGCAUCGAGCGUAUCUCUAACUGGGGCCUGCCCUCGUCUCCUCGAGAAGACAAGGUGUGGUCGAAGCUGAGCGUGACCUGGUGGCGCCGGAAGUCGAUCUGA